AUGGCCCAAGCAAAACCCAAGAACAUUGUUAUUGUAGGAGGCUCACUAGGCGGCCUCAUGGCUGGAGUCGCAUUGAAGCAUCUGAGAAAAGACCUCAACAUCCGCAUCUUCGAGCGCAACCCAACGCCCCUUCUCCAAGACCAAGGCGCAGGCGUCGUAGCCGGCCCAAAAGUACAAAAGUUCUUCGAAACCCACGACCGAACCCACACACCACUGACAGUCCCAAGCCACCAGCGGCAAUAUCUCGAUAAGGAAGGAAAGAUAAUCAGCCGCCACGACCAAGACCAACACAUGACAAGCUGGGACCUCCUCUACCACCUCCUCCGCACAAACUACGACGGCACAAAAACCGACUACGCCGCAGUCCCCACCCCGGAACCCAACGAAGGAACAACAUCCUACGAAUACGGGUGCACAGUCACAAGCGUAGCCGUCCCAUCCCCAGACUUCUCCAACCCCAUCCAAAUAUCCUACACCCACACCUCCGGCACCUCUCGCAACACUCCGGCAGACCUCGUCCUCGCCGCCGACGGCCCCAGCUCCCAAAUCCGCACCUCAUACUUCCCCUCCACAGCGCGUACCUACGCCGGUUACAUAGCCUGGCGCGGCACCCUCCCCGAAACCUCUCUCAGCACUCCCACCCACUCCCUCUUCACAAACACCUUCACCUUCUACCAUGCCCCCGGCACCCAAAUCCUCGCUUACACGAUCCCCGGGUCCCAUGGUACUACGGCACCGGGGCAGCGCUUGCUAAACUGGGUCUGGUACGUUAAUGCUGCGCAAGGUUCCAAGGAGCAUGAGGAUGUUAUGACGGAUGUGCAUGGGCGGAAGCAUCACGUUACGCUUCCGCCUGGCGCUAUUAACCCGCGGGUUUGGGAGCGCCAGAAGAAGAGGGCGGAAGAGAUGUUACCGCCGCAGUUUGCGGAGGUGGUGCGGGGGACGGAGGUCCCGUUUGUGCAGGCGAUUACGGAUGUGAUUGCGCCGGCGGCGGUGUUGGAGGGAGGAAGGGUGGUGUUGCUGGGUGAUGCGCUUGCCGGGUUUCGGCCGCAUACUGCGGCGAGUACGAAUCAGGCAGCUUUGGGUGCUAUGGCGCUGGCUGGGGCGGUGGAGCGCUUGUUGGGAGGGGAGAUGGUGGCGCUGGGGGAGUGGGAGGCGGAGGUUAUGCGGUACGCGGUUGAGAUGCAGCGACGAGGGGUGGAGAUGGGGGAUAAGAGUCAGUUUGGCGAGCAUGAGAUGCAGAGAUAG